AUGGCAAGUGGUGAAACAAGCGCGUCGGCUAUUGGUCGACGAGUGGUUUUACCCGCAAAUUUUAUUUGCGGUCCAAGGAACAUGAGAAGAAAAUACAUUGAUGCUAUGGCAUUAGUGCAAAAGUUUGGUAAGCCUGACAUUUUUCUAACAUUAACCUGUAACCCUAAUUGGCCAGAAAUCAAACAAUACAUGAUGGGUAAUGAGGAAACACAAAACAGAGCAGAUUUAAUUGAUAGAGUCUUCCAUGCAAAACUUGAGCAAUUUAAAAAUGAAAUUUUUAAAAAUGAAAUUUUUGGGAAGGUUGUUGCACAUACUUAUGUUGUGGAAUUUCAAAAAAGAGGUCUACCACAUGCUCAUUUCUUACUUAUACUUGCACCACAACAUAAGAUGUACCAUGCAGAAGAAUAUGAUGAGAUUACCAUGCAGAAGAAUAUGAUGAGAUAG